AUGAAUGAAGAAAUGUUUGCAGGCCACUACUUAAAAAGGUUAAGACACUUUCCCAAGGACAAGACUAUUAACGAAAGGUAUCCAAAUAUGUCUGCCUCUGAUGUUACUACCAUAAAGAUGGAAGAUAUCCCAGUGGAUGAUAUCGAUUUUUCGGAUCUAGAAAAGGAAUACAGUAUUGAUGAUGAAUUUUCUUUUGACCAAUAUGUUGUUGUUAGUGGUGCACCAGUGAUCCCAGAAUCUAAGGUUCCAGUCUUACAAAAGGCUUUGACUGGGUUAUUCUCUAAGGCAGGUAAAGUUGUCAAUAUGGACUUCCCAAUUGACGAAGCUUCUGGUAAGAGUAAAGGUUUCUUAUUCGUGGAAUGUGGUUCUUCUGAUGAUGCUAAGAAAAUCUUAAAAUCCUUUAAUGGUAAGAGAUUGGAUUUGAAACAUCGUUUGUUUAUUUACACUAUGAAGGAUGUCGAAAAAUUCAAUUCUGAUCACUUUGAAAAAGAAUUCAAAGAACCUGAACUUCCUGAAUUUGUUUCAUCUGGAUCUUUGAAAUCUUGGUUAUUGGAUGAUGCCGGAAGAGAUCAAUUUGUUAUUCAAAGAGAAAAUUUAACUACUGUUGCCUGGAAUUCUAUGUUCCAUGGUUCUGAAGAAGUGGAAACUAGAGACAAUUGGUCCACCAAUUAUGUAAGAUUCUCUCCAAAGGGUACUUAUUUGUUUUCUUAUCAUUUGCAAGGUGUUACCGCUUGGGGUGGAGCUCAUUUUGAUAGAUUAAGAAGAUUUUACCAUCCAAAUGUUAGAACUUCUUCAGUGUCACCAAAUGAAAAAUACUUGGUCACAUUUUCUGCUGAUCCAAUUGUUAUUGACGAAGAAGAUCCAGAAUCUCCAUUUUCUAAAAAGAAUGAAGGUCAUCAACUAUGUAUUUGGGAAAUCUCAUCUGGUUUGUUAUUAGCCACUUUCCCUGUCAUUAAAUCACCAUACUUACAAUGGCCAUUUGUCAGAUGGUCAUACAAUGAUAGAUAUUGUGCUCGUAUGGUUGGUGAUACUUUGGUGGUUCAUGAUUCUGAAAAGAAUUUUGCACCAUUGGAAAAUAAGAGUUUGAAGGUUCCAGGCAUUAGAGAUUUCUCCUUUGCACCAACCGGUGUUAAAUUGCAACCUUUCAGAGCUGGCGAUGAACCGUCUGUAUUGUUAUCUUACUGGACUCCAGAAACCAAUAAUAUCUCCUGUAAAGCAACCAUCGUGGAAGUCCCACGUGGUAGAGUGCUAAAGACAGUUAAUUUGGUCCAAGUUUCUAAUGUUACUUUACAUUGGCAAAAUCAAUCUGAGUUCCUAUGUUUCAAUGUUGAAAGACAUUCCAAGACUGGUAAGACAAUAUUUAGUAAUUUGGAACUUUGUAGAUUGACUGAAAGAGAUAUUCCUGUGGAAAAGGUUGAAAUGAAAGAUCGUGUUAUUGCAUUUGAAUGGGAACCACAUGGAAACAGAUUUAUUACUAUUGCUGAACAAGAUACUGGUGAUGAUAAUAUUGCUAUUCCAAGAAAUGUUAUUGGAUUCUUUGCCCCUGAACAAAGAGAAAAUGUUAAGGAUACUAGUAUUAAAAGAUGGAAAUUAUUUAAGGAAAUUAAGGGGAAAUUCUGUAAUACAAUUUCUUGGUCUCCAGCUGGUAGAUUUGUGGUGGUAGCUACAUUAGUGAAACCAAAUGUUCGUAAAUCUACUUUAGAUUUCUUUGAUAUGGAUUAUGCUGGUGAAAAGAAUAUGAAUGAUAUUCAAGAAGUUACUGCAUCUUUGAAGGAUGUGGCACAACCAGCUAAUGGUGCUGCUACUGAUAUGACAUGGGAUCCAUCCGGUAGAUUUGUUACUGUUUGGUCCAGUGCUUUGAAACAUAAAGUGGAGAAUGGGUUUAGAAUGUAUAAUGUUGCUGGUGAAUUAGUUAAAGAAGAUUUCAUGCCAAAUUUCAGAAACUUUGCAUGGAGACCAAGACCUGAAUCUACCUUGACCAAUGCUGAAAAGAAGAAGGUUAGAAAGAAUCUAAGAGAAUGGUCAGUUCAAUUUGAAGAACAAGAUGCUAUGGAUGCUGAUACAGCUCUCAGAGAUGCCAUUUUGAAACAACGUAAGGCAUUGAAGGAAUGGACAGCUUACAGAGUAACUACAUCUAGCAAAUUGGAGAAAAACUUCGGUUUCAAAGCUUAUGAUACUGUAAAUGAUGAAGAUGAUGAUGAUUACGUUGAUGUUGAAGAAUUAAAGGAGGAAAUUGUGGAGGAAAAAAGGAAAAAGUUUAAUUGUAGGUUCUCAUAUAGUUAA